UCUCUACCUGUUGCAGCCRGAUCUGAAGAGCCUAGUGACAGAAAGCACGUAUCUACUGCAACCACUCGCUACAUUAGGAUGAUCGUUUUCAAGAAAUUCGCUAUUUUAGGAGGGAUCGUGGGGAUUUUUUUGACUUUUCUGAAGACAGCUGACGCACAUUUUCAGAAAAAGCCGGAAAUGAUUUGUGCAUCUCAGCCAAUCAAAGCUGCUCCUGGUGAUGACGUCAUCUUCCUGUGUUCUGUCAAUGAGUGGGAUGCAACGAGACACUCGGUGGAGUGGUCCAGACCGGACCUACGGCAGGACUCAAAGAAGAAGUAUGUGUUGGUGUACAGAUCCCAGGAUGUGGACCGGAACCAGACGAUGGAGUCGUACAUCGGGAGGGUGUCUCUGUUCCCCGAGGCCCUGAGUUCUGGAAACGUAUCACUAAAACUCUCCAAUGUGACAGUCAAUGACAGCGGCCAGUAUAAAUGCUAUCUCCGAAGUUUGAACGCAUCCGCUGUAUUUAAUCUUUCGGUCACAGAUGGAAAAGACAAGAUUUCGAAGUCACAGGACAGAACUGACACGGAGUCCAAAGUUGAACAACAUUGGUGGGUUGUUGUCCUUGCUGAGGCUCAUAAGGUUGCUCCUUUUGUUGAUGUUGCUGUUGUUGUUGUUGUUGCUGUCGUCAUCGGUGGUAAUUACCUCUUAAAAAAAUGUAAGAAGAAGAAGAAGAAGAAGAGGAGUUUGAAUAAAACUGACACUCCCCCUGCUGGGCUGAACUCUGAUGAAGAUGAGACCAGGAUCCAUCUUACAGAAACUUCAUAAAUUCACAAUAAACCAUCAUGAAACAUAAACAUCAGGACGUCAGACUGAUGGAUGUUUCAAAACCUCAGGAUGAGUUGGAUCUGUGGAGACCUGAUUUCAGAGAAGAAGAAAACAAAACAGCCAACUCUGAACUUUCUUCUAUGCCAUGUUGUCCCAGUAUUUAUCAUUUUCACCUGCUGGUGUCAAACAAUCCAGGUGAAUUAUGACUUUAAUGGACACCAAAAUCUGUGAACUGUAGUUUAUUUAUUUUAAAGAUUAGUUUGUAUUAAGUUAUCUUUUUAGACUUUUUUUUAACAUUAUGUAUUUUUGUAUAUUUAUUUUACAUUCAGAGGAGUUGAGGAAUUGCUCCACUGGCCAUUUUAUUUAUUUAUUUUUUUAAAAGCUAUUUUGUAUCAAAUAUUGAUGUGAGAAAAUAUUUACAUAACUAAUCUUUUGAAAUAUUCUAUGACAGAUUCAAAGAUCAGUGUUUCAGUAAAGAUAAAUUUUUUUUAAAAAUUAUAAAUUUUUGAAAUAACCUGAACAAUGCUAUUUAAAGUUUUUUAUGUAUAAAACAAAAACUUGACAUGUU